CCCAUAUCUCGACACCGCCAUGUACAACGGUGCUAACCUCGACGGCGACCCCCGCCUCGAGAAGGAAGAGAACGGCAAGGAUUUCUUCGAGCCCACACAUGACUACCACCAUGGCAAGGUCACAUUCGACGACUAUCUCGCUGCUGCAAGGCGCCAACGCCAGUGGGAAGACUCUGGCCAUGGCGCUGGCGACGCUCCUCCCACCCCCGACUCGGCAUCCCAGAAUGAAAAGACCACGAAGGACGCCAUCGUCUCCGAGGCGGCACUUACUGCCGAGGAGAAGGAGCGCAUUAAUGCUCGCAGGGCCCUUCGCUCUGCUUCAUGGGCGGCCGUCUUCUAUCUCAUCACCACCGAUAUUCUUGGUCCGUUCAACGCGCCAUAUGCGAUAAGCCAGGUUGGCUAUGUUCCCGGCGUCAUCCUUUACACCGUCAUGGGCGCUGCUGCAUGCUAUACUGGUCUCCUGCUUUGGUGGCUCUUCCUCAAGCUCGACUCGGACGUCUUCCCCAUCAAGACCUAUUCAGAUAUCUCCGAGCGCAUAUUCGGUCGCGUCAGCCGGCAUGUUGUCAGUAUCUUGCAGAGCAUACAGCUUAUCAUCAACGUCGGCACGCUCUGCCUGAGCAACGGCCAAAGUUUGAGCCAGAUCACCAAGGCACACCUCUGCUUCGCCGUAUGCAUCGUCAUUUGGGCCGGAGUGGGUAUGGUGAUCGGGCAGAUCCGCACGCUCAAGUCGUACGGCUGGCUCGCGAAUAGCGCCGUAUGGGUCAAUCUGCUUAUCAUCUUCGUCUCGAUGGGCUUCGUCGCGCACUCGCCGCCGAACUAUGCCUCCGCGAAGACCGCCUAUGGUAUCAGCAUUGGCCCCAUUGAGCGCGUGGCGUUUACACACGAGACGCUCUCGAACAAGGUGAACGGCAUCAUGAACAUGGUAUUUGCAUAUGGUGGCGCGAUGAUUUUCCCUGAGAUGCUUGCCGAGAUGCGCCGGCCAUGGGACUUCUGGAAGGGCAUGUGCUCCGCCCAGCUGCUGAUUUAUGUCGCCUAUAUGAUGUACGGCCUCUUCGUGUACUCCUUUCAGGGCCAGUUCACGCUUCCGCUCGCGUACCAGGGCGUCUCGAAAUACGCGUGGCAGACCGUCGGUAAUGUCAUGGCUCUCAUCACUGGGAUCAUCGCCGCGGGCCUGUAUGGCAACAUCGGCAUCAAGGUCGCGUACUACAGCAUCGUCGAGGACAUGUUCAACGGACCAUCGCUGAUGAGCAAGAAGGGCCAGUUCAUCUGGACCGCGAUGGUUCUCCUGUACUGGGCGCUCGCAUUCAUCGUCGGCGCGGCCAUCCCGCAGGUGCAGACGAUCUCGGGCCUCGUCGCGGCGGUGUGCAUCAUGCAGUUCACGUACACGUUCCCGCCGCUGCUGAUCUUCGGGUACUACGUGCUCUUGGACGGGCGCACGCCUGAGGGCAAGAUUAACUGGAAAAAGGCGAUUUGGACGGGCGGAUGGAAGAUGCGGCUGUUCAAAAUCUUCAACUUCUUCUUGUUCCUAGCGUCGUUGACGAUGGCGGCGCUUGGCAUGUACGGCUCGGGCAUCGCGAUCCAGGAGACGUUCAAGACUGGCGCGGCGACGUCGUUCGGGUGCACAUCCCCCGUAUGAGCGUCUGCUGUCGUUUCGCCUGGCUGUGGGG